AUGGAGAAGCUGAACACUGAAGAUGGACAACUCUUCAUAAAGAACCUAGCAAGCUUUGUCCGCACCCACGAAAAGGCGCUCGCCAACGCUUUGCAACUUCGGCGCCAGUCCAAUGCCGGAACCCCACAGUCGCCCACCGGCGCGACGACCGCAGCCGGUGCCUUCUCGUCCACUUCGUUAGCUUCCGCCCUCUCCUUUGGGGCAUUGAGAUUCGCAUCGCAGAACAUUAAGCCCGCCAAGCUGACACUCACACCUCAUCACCUCUUCUACCUCCUAUCCCGCUUCGAAGACCUAUCCAUUGCCGUGGGGCCAAUGAAUGUCCGGCUGGAGAACAUCCAUACCGAGGUCUCCCAGUCCUAUGUUUCCUUCUUGAACAAGCCUCAGCGGUCCAAGGGUGGCGAUGGAGCUUCUAUCCACUCCGUAUCCAGCGUGCGUAGCGUUAUGUCUGGCAUGAGUGGCCUCUGGUCCUCAUUCGGCCUCGGGUCCAAGGACACGGCUUCUAAGUCCGAGAGGGCCAAGCUGGCCCUGGAGGGGGAUCUGAAGUAUCUUUACUCUGCUUUCACUAAAAUUCCCUGUCUACGCUUGGCCCCGGAUCACCGCGCCUGUUUGAUCCGCGGUUAUGAAGAGUUUCCCUUCGACACGGCUGUGCCGCUCCAUUCCUUUAAAAACCUGAGUGCUUUAGAGAUCAUUGAUAUAGACUAUCAUUCUUUCUACGGCUGGGAUCGACUGUCGGAGCAGCUACGCACCCUGUCGAUAAAGCGGGCUCACCUCGAUGACCCGGCGGAUCUUCUGACAAGAAUUGUGCUGGACGAUAUGGACAAGCGUCGUCGACGCUCCGCAAAGACCCAACAGUCCCCACCACUUGGGUGGACCAACAGUUCCAGUACACAGCCUGUCCAUGCUUCGAAUCAUACUUCCUUGUCUGCUCCCGGUUCCCCUGUCGCUGACACGGCACUUGCAAGCAGCACCAGCCCCAAGUCCGUUCCGAUGAUUCGAGCCGGGUCUGAGGGUGCAAAGGUUCGCCGUGUGAGGGCGGAUAGCAUUUCACCGCAACGUCCGACGACCAAGCACGGUCACCGCCGAGGUCAAUCGGCCCGCAUCCGGCGCACCGGCUCGGGCAGUUCCAACUCUAGUGAAACAUCUGGCGGCGGCCGAGCUGGAAGCUCUUCAACCCUGUUGCCGGGUGUCCUUCCCCCAACAAAGUGGCGGUUCCUGCGUCACCUUGGCCUCCCAGAGAAUUCCUUGACUUCCAUCUCUGCGGAGAGCCUGGCCCCGGUGGCCAAUACUCUGAACUCUCUGGACCUUUCGUCCAAUCUUCUCACUGAGAUCCCUGAUAGCUUGGCUUCCCUUAUGUCACUUCGCGCUCUUAAUCUGUCUCACUGCAUGAUCGAGUCGAUGCAUUCUCUUUCCCGAAACCCCCUUCCGGCCAUCACCGCUCUGAACCUCCGCGGCAACAGACUUCGUUCCUUGGCUGGCAUUGAGCGACUUCUGUCUCUGGAGAGGUUGGACCUUCGCGAUAACAACCUUAUGGACCCCACGGAAAUAGCGCGCCUGACCAGUCUCCCUGAGAUACGGGAGAUCUGGGUGUCCGGCAACCCAUUCGUCAAGACCCACUCCAAUUACCGUGUCGUGAUCAUGAAUCUCUUCCGUCGCACACCUGGCUAUGCCGAAGACAUCAUUAUUGAUGGCCGCGGACCUGGCUACACCGAGCGCAAACAACUUGUUGACCGAGUCGCAGAGCCUGAUGCUGCUCCCGUGGUGCGCUCCAGCGUUGCUGAUGAAGUGCCUGUAGUCCAGAAACCUACCACUGCGGUCAUUCAGGGAAAGCCGUUGCCAAAGACUCCUGGUGAGGAUGCUGAGCCAUCUUUGACAGCGAAGGUCGUGACACCGCAUGAAGUGGAUGGGACCAAUCGUCGAAAGAAGACUCAGCGACGCCGAAUCGUCGAUCUAUCAACAGAGAACCCUUUUACUACGGAUGGGCUAGGUAGUCCAGGUCCCGCAGUCCAUCCAAUUUCUCCCACCCAGCAAAUCCAUGCUCCGACUCAAUCACCCUUCGUGGUUCCGUAUGAUCCGUGGAAGCAGGACAGUGCCGCACAGUCCGGAUCUUCCAGCCUCCUGGGCCUCCCAAAGCAGGGUAAUUCAUCCAGUCCUCCUCUGCUGCAAGCGACUGCAGCGCAACCUCCCCCCACUCAAGACUGGGUCCUGGAUCAGGAGCUCUGUCGCCAACAGCUGGAAGCUCUUCGCCAGGAUGUAGGUCAAAACUGGCUUACAGCCUUGGGGGACCGCCCUUGGGACAGUCCACAACACGAGCUUGCAGCCCAUCUGGCCAGACCCGGCUUGGACCACGCUCUCCCGGCUACACCCAUCCGAACUAAUAGCCAUGCUAUUUUGAGCGCCGGCCAUACUUUGGGUGGAUAA